UAAUGAUCAAAGUAAAAUACUGUGAGUGUAAAAGUAAGAUGUCUGGCGCUCUCCAUUAUAAAUUAGAAUUAAGAGGAAUAAAGUAUAUGAAUACAACAUGGAUUAAUAUAUAUAUCUAUGCCGUUCUUUUGAACAAAUUGAUGUAUAUAGCCUUUAUUUCCUCAUGUUCGAUAAAAUACGCCUAAGCAAAACCUACGUAGUUAAUGUUCUGUACCUCCCACAAGUGGACUACUUCGCGAAAAUAAAAAGUGUUGGAUGGACAUGUAUAAUGGAGUAACUAUUGAAUUUUAAUAAAAUGGUAAACUUCACUGAUUACAUUUGCUAUGAAUACCUUAAGAAAACGAACUGGAAUGUUCAUAACUUAUAUUGCAAUCUCACGCAGACAGCCGACAACAUUUUGAGAUUUGAUAUUCCUUCCGGAAUUAACUGCCAGCUUUCCUCUUUGACGACUCCUAAUUUUGUGUCAAAAUGUGAGAUUUCAGCAAUGCCGAUCCUAAAUGGAUCUCUUUCGUACAUUUAUAGCAAUGUAGAUUUAGAUAAUGUUAAAGUGGAUCCCCUCACAGAACUCCAAAAGUUUUAUGAAGGAUACAGGCACGUUGAUGUUCCAUUUAUACAUUAUCAAGGAGAGUUAGAAGACUUCAAUCUUCCUAAGAAGUCUACCCUUCUUUAUGGAUGCAUUUUUCUUCCUUCUAAAAAAUUGGACGCCAUAUUUGCGAGGCGACUCUCUCCAUGGAGUCUAUUUUCUGUCUUGGCUACCAACGAGGUUGAAGAUCCAGAUGGAGGAACCAUGUGCUUUCAAUGGCAGCAUGAUACGGGCAAGAGAAGUUUGGAACUAAUGUAUGAGACGACGGAAGCAAUGAUAGGGCUCAGAGCCUUAUGGAAUUUAAAUUUGACAGAAAAUGGGAUGAAAAAAAGAAUUGAUUCAUGUAAAAACACUUCCAAUAUGUGCUGGAGUUUGGGCUUUGAAACUUAUUAUGGCGUGUUGACUAAAUGCGCUGGUGCAAGUUUAGGCAUGCGACUACAUAGCGGACCUUCCCAUCUUUAUUCACCUUUCAUAUUAACUUGUACGUUGAAUCCGAUUGUUGGACAUAUUACUUCCACCUUUUCGACGGCAGAGCCUCACGUGAAAGCUUUUAGUGUGCAGUACGACUUUAAUCUUUAUUCUUAUGAAAGUAAGCUUCAGAUUGGAGCUGAGCUUUGGCGUGGCAAGUUCUUUUCCAAGACACAAGAUGAAAAUAAUCGCUCAAGAAUCCAGUCAUGUACGUCUGUCUUGAAAUCUGUGCUUUCCACAACGGGAGAAAUUUCGUUGCUUUGGCAAGCAAGAAUCCGGAAUUUUUUGUUGACGUUGGGUACGACGGCACACAUUACAAAAAUCGAUCCUUUAUAUUUUGGAAUCCACCUUGAAUAUGCUAAUUAGUCAAAUGAAACAACAUUCAAAACCGUUAAGAAUAUUCAAGCUUCGUUAUAUUAAUGUAAUAAUCAUCUCUCUCCUUACAGAUGCAUCAGGCUUGUUUUGGCUAUUGAAGUCAUAUUUUAUGGUUUACAUUAUGAAAAUAAUACUAGC